AUGCACAAGGGGAGAAGAGAAGGGAAAGGAAGAGAGAGGGAAAUGGAAAAGGGAGAAAAGAAAGGGACAACGAAAAAGGAUGAGAGGACCGGGGAUCAGAUCGUCGUGUUCGAGAAAGAAAAACUCGACUAUUUAUAUCGAUUGGAAGACAGAUUGAAGAUCGCAGGCAACGUAGUGUGUUCUGUUUGUUUUCUGUUUGUUUGCGUUCCUUCGAGAACUGCCCUUAUUUUUUGUUUUUUACCCCUCACUGUGUUGCUUUCCUUUCCUUUUCCAUUCUCUUUUUCCCCUUUUGCCCUCCUGUGUCGAUUUUUACCCCUCUCUCGACUUCCACUAAACAAAAUAACACAAAAAAAUCAGUUGAUGUUAGUUACUAUAUUUAUUUUCUCUUUUCUAUUGUGUUUGUUCUAUUGUGCUUUUUCUUUUGUGCUUUUUCUUUUGUGCUUUUUCUUUUGUUGA